UUUCUGAAUCUUCACAAAUCAAAAUUGAUAAAUUAGAUUUGAAGUUGGUAAAUAAGAUUAUUAAACUUAAAAAAGAAAAUAUCAAAAUUAAAGCUCAAGUAUUGCUUGGAGAAAAACUUGUAGUUGAAUACUAUUUAUCUUUUAUGGAGGAAUUAGAACUUGGUGCUUUCUUCCAACUAAUUGAAAUAUUUAUUCUUUAA